AUGGAUUUCCUUGAUUACCAAACUUUUGCGCUUGAUGAAGCUAAUGCUAAAGACUACGAUCUUCCAGAACCAGCGUCCAGACUGCCAAUAAAGUCUCAGCAGUCAUCGAAAGACCUUGACAAGGACUUUUCGAUGCCUCGUCUCGCGAACGCAGAGCUUGAUGCUGAAGGCACUGAAAACCUACAAGAUAAAAUGCAGAAAUAUGCAUCGCUAUCGUUAUCAGCCCUGUCAUUAAAGAGACUGCCACCUCAAUCCUCGAUGGAGAACCCGGUAGUCUCUCAAGGAACAUCUCUAGGAGAGAAAACCCUGGAACAAUUGGUACAAAAUGGGGAGAAGACCAUUGACAAUACAGAUGCACUACUCUCUAAGAGACUCUCAAGGAUAUUGGACGCGCAUCACCGGAAUACUCUACAAUGCGACACGCAGCUAAGAAGGUCUUUCAAAGUUCUUGAAGACAAUCAGGAUCGCUUGCAUUUUAACAGCAAGACAUUGGUGCGUCCUGAUUUUGUGGGCUCGCUUGCGCGAAACUCUUUGAGAAGCAAUCUCGAAAGCGAACUACUGAAGUCACAUCUUAUGAUUCUCGACGACAUCCAGCCUAUAGUGAGGCGCAUAAAGAGGCUCUCCGAACCGGUCCAAAACAUACACCAAAUGGGGGACGCUCUCUUAAAACAAGGCGAAAUGGCCCAUGAUGAAACGAAAACUUACAUGGACACUGUUUACAUUCUACAAAACGCUCUUCUCAAGCAUCGACUUAAAAAACGAAUCUUAGUUAUGCUCCGUGAUAAACUCACUCUCAAUCAGGUCGAAGAAGAUGCAUUGAUAAACUCCAAUGUUGGACCCGAAUUCUUUGAAGUGAUGAAAAAGCUCAUGAGAUUAAAAGAAACUGCAACAUACCUCUUGGCGCUUCCCAAUCCGAAAGCAGGCACUGUUUUAAUGGAACAAACCAAUGCAAAAAUAGAAAAGGCCAACAAGCGCAUUUUCAACUACUUAGUUGACUUCUUGUAUGAUCUUCAAAGCGCAUCAAAGACUUUUGGCGAACGCGCUUUCUCUUCUAAUGAUAAGCCUUUAAUAACAUUUCAACAAGGAAUGCUUUAUCUCUCCAAUGACUUGCCAAUUUUUAACGAGUUUAUCAAACGAGUCGUAAAGGCCAGAUCUCAGAUAGUUCUGGAUGACUUCCUCUCCCAGUUUGAUGUCAGCUCCGCCAAAGCGUCAAGGCCGAUUAUUAUCUCAGCCCACGACCCAGUUCGCUACCUUGGUGAUGUUCUUGCGCAUGUACACUCACUCAUAGUAGAUGAAGCGGACUUCAUGGACUCGAUGUUCAAAUUUCAGAACUGGAAUAUUCAAGAUACUCCAACAUCAAUACUACAAGAAAACCGAGAAUUCUUGAAUGGCUUAAGUAUUUCACUUCUAAAUGAAACAUUCGGUCCAGUGGAGAAUUCUAUUAGGAUUCGAUUGGAACAGAUCAUAAGAUUUGAAGAUGAUCCUAUAAUAAAUUUCGAAAUCUAUGAGCUUUUAGCCCUUUACCAAAUGAUGUUCAUCAAGUACGGAUUACGUCCCGAUUCUAACUUAAUACUGCAGUUGAUUAAUCUUAGAAACACCUCGAGCUCUAAAAUUUUAACCGGUCUGACAAAAAUUCUCGAUGACGCCAACAUCACACAAAAUUUGGAGAAAGAACUUCUACCCGCUGAAUGGCUUGUUAAAUACUUGGCCAAACUCUGCGAACUUUUGACUAAAUUCGAAAAAAGCGGAUCUGUCAAAGAUUCCGAAACCCUAAUUGACUCAAACUUCCUUAAAGAAGCGCUUGCGUGUUUGAUAACUGAAAAGCUUCCUGAAUAUCAUAAAUCUAAGUUCCCGCAAGCGAGAAAGGAAAAAGAAGUGAAAAAGCAUUUGCUUUUAUCCGAGAUUAAUUGCAUAGACCUGAUUAAAACUAGGAUGUUACCAUACCGUGAAACAAUCUUUUCCAAGGGCGACAGGCAUUUAGUUUAUGAAAAUAUUGAUUCUCAUCUCCAAGCCUCUACCAAAUCUUUGAUCGGCCUUGAAACAAAAUCACUUCUAGAAAAGCUGGGGCUGGAUCUCUACAGCAACCUUUUCAACAUGAUUUUUCCCGUGGAGUCAGUUCAAGAUGAAUUGGAUUACGAUAUGUAUCUUCCAGUUCUUGAGAACCCUAUAAUGCAAAGGGACACAAUAAGAUCCAAUGUUCAUAUUAAGCUCAAUGACUUUCUACCUAUCUUGCUCAGUGACAUUCAAGACAACCUGUUAUUCCACAUUGUUUCUCCAAAAAUUGCGGACCAUAUUUCCACUGAAUGUCUCUCCUGUCUUUCAAAAUUCUACAAAGUCUUUAGACAAGUUCUUUUGAAGCUUUACCCCGAAAACCAUGAAGACAUUGACACUAUUCUAAACUUUUCAGAAGAGGAAUUUGAUACUCUAAUAGGUCUAAAUUAA